GCCUUGGGGGCCCCUUCCUACUGCCACAUGAUGAAGGACAAAGCUGCAGCAACAAUGGAGAUUCCUGAAGACCCUGGGAUCCCCAAAAACCUAGAGCGAAAGCGCCCCAUUGUUUGGAGGAUGAUCUAUUAUUCUUUCGCCGUGCUGCUAUUGGCCGCCUUUACAGCUGCCUACGUGACUGAGUUCCAGAUCCUCACGCAUGAAGACGUUCUGUUCUCCCUGGGACUCUAUGGUCUCGUCAUGUUCCUCCACCUGAUGAUGCAGAGCCUCUUUGCCUACCUGGAGAUCCGCCGGAUCAAUAAGACGGACCUUCCCUGCAGCUUUAAGAAGACGGUGGCGCUGACCAUCGCUGGGUACCAGGAGAACCCCGACUACCUGAAACACUGCUUGGACUCCUGCCGGUACGUGAAGUACCCCAAGGACAAACUCAAGAUCAUUUUGGUCAUCGACGGGAACACGGAGGAUGACGCCUACAUGAUGGAGAUGUUCAAAGAUGUCUUCCAUGGUGACGACGUGGGUACCUACGUCUGGAAGGGCAACUACCACACUGGCGUAAAGGAGACCCAAGAUGGCUCCUGUCCUGAGGUGUCCAAGCCCCUGAAUGAAGAUGAGGGGAUACGUAUAGUGGAGGAACUGGUCAGAACCAAGAGGUGUGUGUGCAUCAUGCAGCAGUGGGGCGGCAAACGGGAGGUCAUGUACACGGCAUUCCGGGCCAUCGGGACCACCAUGGACUACGUACAGGUCUGUGACUCCGACACCAAACUGGACGAACUGGCCACGGUGGAAAUGGUGAAGGUCCUAGAGGCCAACGAGCUGUGCGGGGCGGUGGGAGGAGACGUUCGCAUCCUGAACCCCUACGACUCCUUCAUCAGUUUCAUGAGCAGCCUACGUUAUUGGAUGGCGUUUAACGUGGAGAGGGCCUGCCAGUCCUACUUCGACUGCGUCUCCUGUAUCAGUGGCCCCCUGGGAAUGUACCGGAACGACAUUCUCCAGGUGUUUUUGGAAGCCUGGCACAGUCAGAAGUUUUUGGGGACCUACUGCACCUUGGGAGACGACCGACAUCUGACCAACAGAGUGCUCAGCAUGGGGUAUCGCACCAAAUACACCCCCAAAUGCCGCGCCUUCUCCGAGACUCCGUCCCAGUACCUGCGGUGGCUGAACCAGCAGACCCGUUGGACCAAGUCCUACUUCCGGGAGUGGCUGUACAACGCCCAGUGGUGGUACAAGCACCACAUCUGGAUGACCUACGAGUCGGUGGUGCACUUCAUCUUCCCCUUCUUCAUCACCGCCACCGUGAUCCGCCUCCUCUACGCCAGCACCAUAUGGAACGUUGUGUGGCUCCUCCUCUGCAUCCAGAUCAUGUCCGUCCUGAAGUCCCUGUAUGCCUGCUGGCUCCGGGGGAACCCCAUUAUGCUCCUCAUGUCUGUCUACUCCAUGUUGUACAUGACGGGGCUUCUGCCGUCCAAGUACUUCGCCAUGUUGACCAUAAACAAGAGCGGCUGGGGGACGUCCGGGCGCAAGAAGAUCGUAGGCAACUACAUGCCGGUGCUGCCCCUGUCCAUAUGGAUGGCGGUUCUGUGUGGGGGGGUGGGUUAUAGUAUCUAUAUGGACUGUCACCAAGACUGGAGCACCCCUGAGAAGCAGAAGGAACUGUACCACCUCCUGUAUGGGUGCAUCAGCUACACCCUGUACUGGGUGCUCAUGGCGCUGAUGUACUGGGUGUGGGUGAAGAGGUGCUGCAGGAAGAGGUCACAGACUGUCACCCUCGUUCACGAUAUCCCGGA